AUGUUUUUCGAAGUGGGCGGAGUCUUCUGUUCGGUUUUCUGACAGCUCCGAACACCGGAGACCGGAAUCCGGUCUGGAAUUAAGUGGUUUAACGCCGUGAUGUCAGCGCGGGAUUAAAAUAACCAAAAGGUCAGAACAUGUUACAGCGAGAAGCGUGUUGGAGAACGAGACUCGAACCACUGAUUAAGUUGAAACUAGACUUUAUAAGGCCAUCGUGAAGCAACAACACACACACACACACACACACACACACGCACUCUGAGAGGAGACCAUGUGGUGGUUCCAGCAGGGUCUGUGCUUCCUGCCCGCGGCGCUGGUCGUCUGGACCGCGGCGUCCUUUAUCUUCGCUUACAUCACAGCGGUGGUGCUGAGACACGUGGAUCCCCUGGUGCCCUACAUCAGCGACACGGGAACGACGGCCCCAGAGAGAUGCGUGUUCGGCAUCAUGCUAGAUGUGUCCGCCUUUUUAGGUAUGGCCACGGUGUACGUGCGCUACAAACAGGUGGAGGCUCUGACGGGUGAAGUUGACCUCCGGCUGAACAAGUUGAACCGCUUAGGGCUGCUGCUCGGCCUGGUCAGCUCCUUCGGAAUGGCCGUGGUCGCCAACUUCCAGAAGACCACGCUGUUCUCCAUGCACCUGGUGGGGGCGGUGCUGACCUUCGGGGUGGGGGCUCUCUACAUCCUGGUCCAGACGCUGCUCUCGCUCCGCAUGCAGCCUCACGUCCACAGCAGGACCAUCUACCUGGUCCGGCUCGGCGUGGGUCUCUGGACCCUCGGCAGCAUCAUCAGCAUGUUCGUGUCCUCCGUCAUCAUGUACAGCAGUCUGACCGGAGUGGACGUCCCUCGCAAGCUGCACUGGAUCCCCGGAGAGACGGGUUACACGGCUCACAUGAUCAGCACCGUGUCCGAAUGGUUUCUGGCCUUCUCCUUCAUCAGCUUCUUCCUCACCUACAUCAGAGACUUUCAGAAAAUAAACCUGCGAGCCGAAGCAGAUCUGCAGAGCAGCCACCUGUACGACAGCUGGCCGCACGCCGCGCCGCCGCCGUCUCACAAGAGCGACGGCGGCGAGUCGUCUCCUCUUCUCUCCGGAGAGACGUGACCGGCUGCACGGCUCCCUGCGGCUUUCUACUUUCUCUCAGCGUGUUUUCAAGGGCUUUUUUUUGUAUAAAGACUCUUAGACGCUGCAGGCUCGUAAAGGGUCCGUUCACCCCAAAGACACAUCCGGGUCACAAACAUCAUGGCGUCCAUUUAGUAGUAAACGAUUGUCAAAUGAAAUGGUGAGAUUUUAGUUUUGGCAGCUUGCAGCACUUAAACCUGAUGAAGAUGAACUAAAUCAACACCUUGACUGGUCACUUAUAGUGUUAUUACAUUUUAGAACGCUCCCAUCCAACUUACUUAUAAGUUAUAAGCUCCUCCUGAAGCCCGCUGGGGGGGAGAAUGUCUUUUAUUAAUGAAAUCAGCGGAGAAAGAAUAUUUUGGUCUGAGUUUUCUUUUCUUUUAUACAAGGGUGUUUUCGGUAAAUAAAACAGAAUAUUAGAGAAUAAUGCCAGAUGCCUUUUCCAUUAGCGCUGUGUGAACUGAACCAAAUAAUUCUAUAUAUAUAUCUAUAUAUAGACUAUUUAAUAAUUUGAAAGUAUAUGUUAAAUUGUUUGUAUCUGAAUAAUCUAUAUAGUCAUAUUAAUAAAACACCCAUAACAUUACCUGGAUUUUAAAGGUUCUAAUUUGAUCUUUUCUAUUUUCUAUUUGGUCGAUUCCACCUCAGUUUAUUUGUUUACUCAAUGGGUUUUUUAUGUUUCUUACCAAACACAUUUUGUUUCCUUGAAGUCUAACAAACGUGAUUUCCAUCAGUUAUUUUAUCUCAAUAUUUUGAUUCGGCCAACUAAUUAUGCUUAAUCCAUGAAUUCUAAAAACCUUAAUUGUAAUAAUUGUGAAGGAUCACUGCACACUGUUAAUAUCUUCAGUAUUUAUACCAACCUUCCGAACUUCUAACUCUGAGUUUCUCCUGUACAUUGUACUAUUCAUGUUGGGACUAAAGAAUUCAUAUCAUGUUUGUUGUUGCCAUGGUUACGCGUUUGUCCUCUUCAGACUGCGGUCACGUUGCUUGUAAGAUGUCAUGUUUAUAUAAUUCCUUUGAAUGUUUGACGCUGCACUAAUCGGGUUGAGGUGGAUUUACUGACAUUGAGGUUCUUCUGCCAGCUGUUCGUCCUCCAGCUGUUCUCUCAUCAGCUGCUUCCAACAGGUCUGACUCGACACAGAUGCCCUUCACAUCAUUUUCAAAUUCUAAAAUGAUUCAGGAAUAGGCUUAAAUAUGUUUGUGUAUGAUGUCUUAAAUCUGGCAUCCCUGCAGGGAUUCUUCUUUGGACCACAAAGGUUUUUCUACUAAUUGAGAGUCUCUCUCUCUCCAUUCAGAAGAAUGUUUGUCCAGUUUCAUACAAAUGAUCCAGUUCGGAUUAAAGAUCCAGCCUGAUGACAUUGAGGAACAAAUAAGGAAAUGAAUUUGAAAUUGUUGCAACUGAAGAUGGAGAAAACUGUAGAAUAUAAUGUAUAUAUUGAUUAAAUAAAGACUUUGCAGCUUAUCUGAUA